AAAAGAAGAGAUAAUGGUGAUGACCACUCCGAGGGAAGCCUUGUCGAGAACCACGUGGAUGGGACCAUGAACAUGCUGGUGGUUGGAGGCACUGCUGCCCGGAAGCCCCUCAAGUCGGGCAUGAAGGAGCUGGCUGUGUUCCGGGAGAAGGUGACUGAGCAGCACCGGCAAAUGGGCAAAGGUGGCAAGCAUCACCUUGGCCUGGAGGAGCCCAAGAAGCUUCGGCCACCACCUGCCAGGACCCCUUGCCAGCAGGAGUUGGAUCAGGUCCUGGAGCGGAUCUCCACCAUGCGCCUGCCCGAUGAGAGGGGCCCGCUGGAGCACCUUUACUCCUUGCACAUUCCCAACUGCAACAAGCAUGGCCUGUACAACCUCAAACAGUGCAAGAUGUCUCUGAACGGGCAGCGUGGAGAGUGCUGGUGUGUGAACCCCAAUACCGGGAAGCUGAUCCAGGGUGCCCCGACCAUCCGGGGGGACCCCGAGUGCCAUCUCUUCUACAACGAGCAGCAGGAGGCUCGCGGGGCCCACGCCCAGCGGAUGCAGUAACCCCUGGCCAGCCGGUGCCUGGCACCCCUCCCCUCCCCCAAACACCAUCAGGAAAGGAGACUGCCGGGUGGUGGGUGGGGAGGAUCUUCCAGCAGUUUUGACACAUGUAUUUAUAUUUGGAAAGAGACCAGCACCGAGCUCGGCACACCCCACUGCCCUCCCCAUCCCCAGCUGGAGAUGCCCACACCCUCCCCUCUUGCCUCCUGCUGGUGAGGAAGGGGGUGGUGGUUACGGGGGAGCUGGGGUAAAGUUUUGGGAGGGGGGAAAAAAUUUUUAUUUUUGAACCCCUGUGUCUCUUUUGCUUAAGAUUAAAGGAAGGAAAA